CCUCCUGCCCAGGGGCACUGCCCCAGCGCUACCCUGCCAGUGCGUGUGGCUGUGUGAAGCUGGGGCCUGUCCCCGGAGCCUUCAGAGAGAUCACAGACCUUACAAGCCCUAUGUUGCUGGACCCCCAGAACACAGAACAUGGCAGAUGGGGCACAGGCCAACCCCAGAGUGUUCAGGAAGAAGGUGCUGGUUAGGCAUCUCUCUGGGUGGAGGGGCCCAAGCCUCAGGGCCUCUUCUCCUUGGAGAAGCUCCAGAUCUAGCUUGGGUAUGAAGAAGUUCUUCGCCAUGGUCAUCUUGGCCGGCAGCGGUCAGAUUCAAGAUCGGACUCCCCGUGCUGCUUGGCACGCCCACCCUGAACCAGCUGCCGGAGGAAGGCCUGGGGGACAGAGCCCCAGGACUGUGGCAGGGACACUGAGUCCAUGCUGGAGGCAGAGAAACCCGACCAAGCCCAGGGCCCAGAACCAAAGCCCUGUGUUCAGGGGAGCACAUGGCAUUUGUGAACCUUGUUACCUCCUGCCUGAGGCCCGCGGCAGCCUGCUUAACUUGAAGUCCAUGGUGGAAGCCAUCACGGGGAGGAACGCCAUCCUGUCCUUCGUGGGUUACGGCUGCUACUGUGGGCUGGGAGGGCGCGGGCUGCCCAUGGACGAGGUGGACUGGUGCUGCCACGCCCAUGACUGCUGCUACCAGAAGCUCUUUGACCUGGGCUGUCACCCCUAUGUGGACCACUAUGAGCACACCAUCGAGAAUAAUACUGAGGUCGUCUGCAGUGAGCUCAACGAGACGGAGUGCGACAAGCAGACGUGCGAAUGUGACAAGAGUGUGGUUCUGUGUCUCCGGAACCAUACGUACAACGAGAAGUAUCGAAACUACCUCAACAUCUACUGUCAGGGCCCCACGCCCAACUGCAGCAUCUACGAGCCACCGCCCGAGGAGGUGGCCUGGAGACACACUGACCCCACUCCCCCUGCACCUCCCUAGUGCCCUCUGGGGACAAGACAGACUGAGCAGGGGGAGCUGGGGCGGGGGGAGACUGGGAGCCCAA